AUGAAUGCGCUUUUCUUGAAGAAGAAGUUCCUCCUCGGCUUUUUCUGUAAGUUCAUGUACAAAAAACUUGAUAAAGGCAGUGUACGAUGGCGAUACUCAUGCAUGCUUCCCCCAAUUUUCGACGGAAAAAUCUCGGUUGUUUUAGCGAAGCGCCUGCUAAGAAUUUGGGACAUGCCGUAUAAGAAAAGUCUACAAACUAAAUGAAUGUUAGUUAAAGAUUACAUACUAUUUAUUUGCUAGGGUGUACGGGAUUCCCAGCUAGCAUUUUCCAGGGACUAACCAGCUUUUUUGAUCGGAAGCUGUCAAAAAAUUUUUACUUUUUUCUGAUUUUUUUUUGAAAAUUUCGAAUUCAAAAACUUAUGAACAAAUCUCCUUUUCUGUCUGAUUUUUUUACUUUAGUCAUUGUCCUCCUCACCGUUCUCCUUCUCCACGACCAUCUCAAGAACCACCGCACUCUCUACAACAUCGAUUAUGUCCCUCAAAAUCUUACCAUCGGAGAAUUCGAGAAAUUGUUGGAAAUGGAAAAAGUUAAUCUCAAAAUUGGCACAACCGAAUUUAGCUAUAAUAUGAGUGCACCACAGAAUAGAAGCGAGUGUAAUGGAGUGGAAAUGGUCGUGUAUACGAUGACGAUGACUGAUCUUGGCUCGUUUCAUCGGAGGAAGGCAAUCAGGGAAGUUAUCAGCACAACGGUACGCUUCAACGGCUUCAUUAUAAAACAAAUUUUUUAGACGAAUCGCUCCGUUCUUUUCCGUUUUUUCGUCGGCAAAACGGAUGAUCUGGAUCUGAAACUCCUUGUCCCCGAGAUGAUGGCCUACGGUGACAUCGUGUACUACGACCAUGUUGACACAUAUCGCGAGAACUUUGUGAAAUGGUACAGCAUGCACGAAUACCAUCUGAGGAAUUGUCCGAACGUCAAAUAUUUUGUGAAAAUGGACGAUGACGUCACUGCUGAUUUUGGGCGACUUUUUGAUUGGAUUGAUGCUGAUUUUGAUGGGCUGACCGCGAAUCAAACCCAGUAUUUUUUGUGUCAUCGAAUGCAUGGGUUUUGGCCAAUUCGGAAUAAGAAUAGUCGAUGGUAAGUUCAUUGUUCACGGGAGCGAUUUUCGAAUAUUUUUAUGGCAAAAAAAGCUAGGAAUUUAUUUCAAAAAAGCAAAAAUUAUAUGGAGCGCGCUUUUGCGAAAUUAAAAAAAAAUCUCAAGCCUUAAGAAAUGAGAAGAUUUCUGCAAAGCGCGACUUAAAAAGAGUGUAAUUUUCAAUUUAUUUAAAAAAUUUUUCGUUUCCAGGUACAUCGACCGCGCCGAGUUCUCUGAAAACCGUUGGCCCGACUACUGCUUCGGGUACUUUCUGCUGACCACCAACAACGCAAUCAAAAGCAUCACCGAGACCAUGAAGAAUGUGAAUCUAGUCCACAUGGACGACUGUUUUAUCACCGGAAUCGUUCGUCGAAACACGACCAUCCCGUUGCAUAAUUGGAGUGGGAUUUGUUCGAAUCCCCGGGAAAUAGACCAUGCCAAAUGCUCUAAAGACGAUAGGAUACCAUGGCCAAUUGCGUUGCAUAAUACGAAAAACAGGUCACAGGUGGAGCGAUGGCUCAAGGAGAUUCGGGAAAUUAAAUGCCCCAAAUUGGAUCCACCAGUGAAGAAAGUGUCGUAA